CACUGGUGCCCUUUGAAUUGAGCGCCACAACGAUGAUGAUCACGGCGACGCGAUGGUUGCGGACAGGUCUACGGCCAGCGUCAGCGGUCCUUCGCCCCCGAGGGUUUGCAUCCUCUCCGAACCAGGUCAUUGACGAAAAUGUGCUGCUGCCACUCUUCCCACCAGCCACGCGAGAGGCGCUGCGACAAGGCUUGGAGUCCGAAGGGUUUUGCAUCUUGCGUGGCUUUGCCUCCAACACCGUCGCCACGGCCAUGCGCCAUGAGGCAGAACGGCUGUACAAAGAGGGCUACAUGUUUCAAUCCAUGUCAGUCGACGAGCAAGGCAAAUCGUUUCCGAAAAACAACGUGUUUGCAUCGGAACUGGACGGCCACGAAUGGGACGUUGCCCCGACGAUACUCCACUACACUCGAAGCAUAAUGUUGCAAGCCCCAUCUAUGCUCAACGAACUAUUCCCGGAGCUUCAGAUCAGCUCUCGGGCGUACGCGUCCAAGUUGGCCGUGUCUCUCGGCGACGGUGCUUCAUAUCCCAAGCACUGCGAUACUGCAGGAUUGCCCGAUCAGCGCAAAGUCACGAUGGUGUACUACUUGAAUCCGCAUUGGGAGCCAGCGCAUGGCGGUGAGCUCCAAGUAUACACCAAGGACGGCGGCGUCGUGGCCGUGGAACCUCGAUCCGACACGUUGGCCGUCUUCUGGAGCGACCAAGUCGUCCACGACGUGCGGCCAUGUGCAAAUGCCCCAACCGACGAGCGCGCCCAGCGGUAUGCGCUGACGUUGUGGCUCGUAUCGGACGACCCGCUUCAAAUUGUGAACCCGAUGCAUCCGUUGUACAAGCUCCGGUGCGAGCACUUUGGGUCAUAAUGUGAACCAAAGCGAUUCCACUCAUUCGUUUAGAUUUUGUUGGAGGGUUAAACACGAGCAACGAGGACGACCUCGACAUGAAUGCCAUCGCGCGUUGCUGAGACUCGACAGGGCGUUGCUUAUCUGGUGAUUUUGAAUUUCUUGAUUUCCG